UGUUUAGUGAUAGUAGUGUAGUCACACACAGAUGUCAUCAAUUUUUUUUUAUUUGUAAUUUUAAAAACAAGCGAAACGGGAAAAUACGAUCAACGAACACGUCAUUAAAAACUCGUUAAACACUAGAUGAAGCGAUUAGUGUAAAUAAAUUUGCUCAAUAAACAACAUGUUACUGAAAGCAAUAAUUUUAUCGUGUGUGAUACUUAAUUUAAGUGAAACAUUAACUAUAAGAAGUGUCGAAUAUGAGAAAUUCCUAGAAAAACCAAAGUAUCACGAUUACGAUGAACUUACGAAUUUAUUUAGAAAAUUGGAAACUGAACACCCGGAACUGGUAAAAUUAAGAUCCGUAGGAAAAUCUGUGAAAAAUCGAGACCUGUGGGCUUUGGAAAUUAACUCAAAUGUACAAAACAGGACGUUGUUAACUCCCAUGUUUAAAUAUGUAGCUAAUAUGCACGGGGACGAAACAGUCGGAAGACAAUUGAUGAUUUAUUUGGCGCUUUAUUUAAUCCAUAAUUAUGGUACCAACGAUAGAGUUACUAAAUUGGUCAAUACCACUGAUAUUUUUUUAUUGCCUUCUAUGAAUCCAGACGGUUAUGAAAAUUCAGAGGAAGGACGUUGUGAGUCGAAAGAUCAUUAUGUUGGAAGGGAAAAUCAGAAUCAUGUAGAUUUAAAUAGAGAUUUUCCUGAUCAGUUUGAUACUUCAAGAGUAGGCACAAUUUUGUCUGGCAGACAACCGGAAACUAUAGCUAUGAUGACCUGGAUCAUUUCUAGGCCUUUUGUUCUAUCAGGGAACCUCCACGGAGGAGCUGUUGUUGCCAGUUAUCCUUUCGAUGAUUCCAAUUCUGGUAGAACUUGUUGUAAGGAAAGUCGAUCGCCCGACGAUGAAAUCUUUAGAAAAUUAGCUUUAAACUACGCACAUUUAAAUCCGGUGAUGAAACAAGGGAACGCAUGUAGAGAUGAUACUUUUGAUAAAGGUAUCACCAAUGGUGCUUAUUGGUACGAAGUGACCGGCGGUAUGCAGGAUUUCAAUUACGUACAUUCGAAUUGUUUCGAGGUUACAUUCGAAUUGAGUUGUUGCAAAUUCCCUUACGCCAAUACGCUCCCCAAGGAAUGGGCGAAUAACAAAGAAUCACUUUUAACUUUUAUGGAAUCCGUUCAUUGGGGCGUCAAAGGUUUAGUUCGAAACGAACACGGAGACGCGGUACUAGACGCCGACGUCGUCGUCGAAGGCAUCCCCCAUAACGUCACCACCUCGAACAGAGGAGAAUAUUGGAGAUUGUUACUACCGGGUAGAUACAAAAUGUACGCCGUCGCUUACGGGUACCAACAAUCUGAUCCGAUAGAGGUUAUAGUGGAAGAAGGGAAAACGACUGUUCGAAACUUUACGUUGAAGCUGCAACAAGCUGCAUCAGAUAACUAUUUAACACAACAGAAUUUGGAAAACGUCACUUAUGACAAAUAUGGUUUUGUAAUUAGUGACAAUUUGUUAUUCCAACAUCACCAUUACAAAGACAUGAUCAAAUUCAUGGAAUUUUUUCAUAAAACUUAUCCGGCUAUCACCAAAAUGCACACAAUUGGAAAAUCCGUUCAAGACAGAGAUCUUGUUGUUUUCAUUAUUGGAAAUACACCAGAUCGUCAUGUAGCAGGAAAACCGGAAGUAAAAUAUAUAGCUAACAUGCACGGAAACGAAGUCGUAGGAAAAGAAAUGUUACUAUAUCUUAUAAAAUACCUUUGCGAACGAUAUGGAACUGACGAAAGAAUAACAAAUCUACUUAAUACAACAAGAAUUCAUAUUUUACCAAGUAUGAACCCAGACGGUUACGAGAUGUCGAUGGAAGGUGAUGAAUCGAGCGUGAUAGGUAGAAACAACGCUAACGAUUACGAUUUAAAUCGAAACUUUCCCGAUCAAUUCGGCGAAAAUAAGUUUAAUAAAAUAACGCAACCAGAAACGUUGGCUGUUAUGAAUUGGACUUUAUCUGAGCCUUUUGUAUUAUCUGCUAAUCUUCAUAACGGAGCUUUGGUAGCAAAUUAUCCAUACGAUGAUACCCCGGACGAUAAGACAGUUGAAAAUCCAUCACCAGACAAUGAAUUAUUUAAAUAUUUAGCUCGUACUUAUUCUAAUGCCCACAGAACUAUGCACGACGGCGUCGCGUGUCCAAUGUUCCCCAAUGAAAUAUUCCAAGGUGGUAUCACCAACGGUGCCAAAUGGUAUUCAGUUACGGGUGGUAUGCAAGAUUGGAAUUAUCUAGUGGCAGGUUGUAUGAGUAUCACGUUGGAAAUAGGUUGUUACAAGUAUCCCAGAUCGAGGGAUUUACCGGAAUAUUGGUUGGAUAAUAGAGAAGCUUUAAUAACGUACCUCGAACAAGUUCACAAAGGGGUUUCUGGUUUUGUCACUAGCACUAUAGGUCAUUGGAUUGUCGGAGCGGAAAUUAUGGUGGAAAAUAUAGAUCACGUGGUGAAAACUUCCAUAUUUGGGGACUAUUGGAGGAUAUUGUUACCAGGAAAAUAUAAUUUGACUGUUUCGGCUAGAGGAUACGAAAGUUACACUUCUGAAAUAGUUGUACCGGAAUCCGGAUACAUCCAGUACAACGUGACGUUAAUGAAAGACGAUCCCCUUCAUUGGGCGAGCGCCUACGAUUUCGGCAUAGCCGAAAAUCAAUACAAACCGACCUAUCACACCAACCAAGACAUAAACGUCAUCCUGACUAAAAUGGAAAACAAAUAUCCAGACGUAGCUUCCUUCGAAGGAGGGGACAACCUCGUUUCCAUGGCGAUACAUUCCUUAAAGAUAACCAACAAAAUCGAAGAAGACGACGACGAAAAUAAAUUCCACAUCGCGGUUAUGGGCAACUUAUUCGCCACCCAACCGAUCGGCAGAGAACUCGAUAUCUAUCUAGCGCGCCAUCUAUUAGAGGGUAACCGAAUAGGAGAUAUAAGAAUCGUCAAGAUAUUAUCCAACGCCGUUAUUCACAUUAUUCCAGUUAUUGAUAAAUCUUUCGAACAAAUAUGGGGGGAUUACCCGAAAACGGCGCUAGGCAACGCCAAACCGGACAAAUUUUCUUGUAACGAAAUUUCCGCCGAUUUCAAACAAGUCGGAGAACAGAUUGUCAAUUUAAACGGAAGAGUUACCAACAAUGAGGAUACUAAGAGCGUCGCCAACGCUUUUAAACAUUUAUUAGUCGAAAAAAAUUUGGAUCUAGUGUUGAACAUCGAAGGAGGAAGCCACGGAAUUGUUUAUCCACAUUCGGAAGACGAAGUACAAAUCUACAAACAUAUCGCUGAAUCUUUUACGAAAGGUAUAAAGAUCCCCAGGACUUGUUCAGUGACCAAAACGGGCACCGAUAAAUUAAUAACCGAAUAUUUAUACCACGGUUAUAAUAUCCCGAUGCUAACGGCAAAAGUGAGUUGUUGUGAAUACCCGGAUGUGGGGAACAUACCGUAUAUAUGGCGGGAUACCCUUGAUCCAAUAAUGAGGGUUCUAUCAGCUUCCCUGACAGGUGUGAAGGGUGUUGUGCAAGAUAUAUUUGGAGAACCGAUGAGGAACGCUUCGGUGAAAAUAUCGGGUAUAGCUCAAAUUUACGAGGUGGGUAAAAAAAGUGCUAGUUUCAAAGUGAUGUUAACGCCAGGGAAUUACGAAUUGACAAUUUCUUGUCACGGUUACCGAUCGCAAUCAUCACGAAUAAUUGUUAACGAAGAAAAUAUGGUUGUGUUGAAAGUUGUAUUGGAGAAAACGGGUGAAAUAGUACAAACAACUGAACCUGUACUAAUUCAAAAAGAUAACAGUUUACUAAUGCCGUUUGUUGGAGAAAUUACGACCGGUAUACGAGGUUAUGUUCAAGAUCGUUUUAAUCAUCCAAUAGCGGAAGCUAAAAUUAUCGUAUUGGAGACAAAUCUAACGGUAUUUGCUGACCAAUCAGGCAAAUAUGGUAUCCCAUUACCACCUGGGAAUUACACAAUUAAGUAUAACGCUUUUGGAUUUUAUCCAAAUGUCAAAUUAGUUCAAGUGAAACGUUUUGGAAAUUAUCCCACCGUGGUUAUUGUUAAAUUGAAAGUAGAUUCCACAUUUUAUGGUAUUCCGAGACUGGCUUUUAUCUUCCUAACAGGUCUCGUUUGUGCUGGUAUAUUGGGCUUGGGUCUGGCCUGUUAUAAGGCUUGUAAGAAAAGAAACGAAUACGGUUUGGUCUCCCAACACAGUUUCUACGAAGAUUUUAAAUAUGAUAUAAGAGAUGAAUCGAAAGAAAAAGAAUUGUUCAGAACGCCUCUCAAGCAACCAAUACUACGACCUUACUAUGACGAAGAUGAUAGUGAUGAAGAAAAUACUAAUGUUCAUUAUUCCCCUAAUGAAGAUCAAAUAGAUUCCGACGACGAAGUCGUUCUUUUACCAGAUGUUAAAUGAUGUAUUUAUAUUUUAAUAGUAGGAAUUUUAACACCAAAUAAUCUCAUCUUAUAACAUUCCAAAACGUUUUUAUUUUUGACACCAUAUAUAUUUUUACAACUGUUUAUAGUAAUUUAAGUUUUAAAUUUGUUACAAUCGUUAAUUUUAAGAUAUAUAAACUUUUUAAGUAUCAAACAUAACCUACAAUAAGUGUUGGUACAUUUGAACUACUUUCGUAUUUAUUAUUUAUUUAACGGCUGAUUCUUAUGUAUAUAUAUUCAAUAUAAAAUUUUUUUGGAAAUACUUACCAGAAUGAGAAAGAAAUAUUUAAAAAAAUCACUAAAGUAAUAAGAAAAACCCUUUGUAUUUGAUUUUCUUCAUAUCAGUAAUAGUAUCGAACUUUUCACUUUACAGUAUUUUGUGCUUCCUUAAAAAUUUGUCAAAAAAUAAUUUAAUCCAUAUCUUUUUAUAUCAAAUGUUUGUUAUAUUAUUAAAUUUAUAAAUAAUAAAUAACAUAAACAA